AGAGCACUGGUAUUUCUGUAAAGGCUUUUUGAACGCUAUUAUUGGAAAUAUUUUGUUCGCAGGAUUUUGAUCUUUUCAUGCUUCCACGUUAAGAUAUGGUGCUAUAUUAAUAUCCAUUUUUACAAGAAAGAAGACCAAAAGGAAGAAGAAAUUAAAUUUUCAGCUUCAUACUUGGAGAAGGAUUAACAUUAUAUUUCGGAAAAAUAUUCUGAUUGACUGGCAAUUUAUUAUCACUUUGAUAGCUAUACUCGGAGAAAGGCAUUUUACCGAUUUGUAUACAGAAAAUAUUACUAAAUAAAGAGUGAAUUAUUUUCAAUUUAUUUUCUUUGACAAGGAGAAGGCCCCUUGACAUGAAAUUAGCGUUGAUUGGCAAAAGUCUAGAAGCAGUAUAAGCUGGAUCAAGAUGACAUUGAAACGGACAAUCAAUUUGUUGAUAGCGUCUGAAGAGGAAACAACAUGGAAAUAUUUAAUCAGUGAUAAAAACGGAAUGUAUUAAAUAAGUUUUGAAUCGAAAGAAGAAGUAAAUGCAAUAUUUAGAUAUUUCAAAUUAAGUAAUUUAAAGACUUACAUCAUUCAUCAGAGUUUGUAACUUUAUUCUUAAAAAACGAAAAAAUGUCUCAAUAUAUUGAAAACAUAACAAUGAAGAACCAUACAAUAAAUAAUAUUAGUAGGGUAAUUCAUGGUGAUGGUGAUACCUCUACGAAUAUUGCAAUAGGCAUAUAUAGUACAAUUUUCAUACUAGCAGUGAUUGGAAAUGGUCUUGUUAUUUUGACAUUGGUGCAAAAUAAAAGAAUGAGGACAGUGACUAACGUAUUUCUGUUAAACUUAGCAAUCAGUGACCUUCUCCUCGCAGUUUUCUGUAUGCCUUUCACUCUUGUACCAAUUAUGAUAAGAAACUUUAUAUUCGGACCAUUUAUGUGCAUAACCAUACGAUACGCACAAGGUGUGUCAGUCGGUGCAAGCUGUUUUACACUUGUUGCCAUAUCGCUGGAGCGUUAUUUUGCAAUUUGCCGACCUCUUCGUUCCCGGCAAUGGCAGACUUUAUCCCAUGCCUAUAAGAUAAUUGCAGUUUGCUGGGUAGUUGCAUUGAUUAUAGUUAUUCCAAUAGCAGUGUCGACUCGAUAUGUUCGCAUCCGACCUGGAUUUAAUGCAUGUAGGGAAGAAUGGGCAAAUGAUGAUUUAGAAAAGGCAUAUACAGUAUUCCUUGAUGUAAUACUUCUAUUUAUACCACUUUGUUUGAUGACUGGUGCUUAUACAAAGAUAAUGGCUACGCUUUGUGCUGGAAUCAGCAUGGAUGACCCCGCUGAAUGUAGCAAAGGAUAUAGCAAUGGUGGUGUUUCAAAAUCACCCUUAAUGGUGACAUUGAAAUACAGAGGUUCUACGCGAACAAGCUUAUUAAAGAACGAAAAUGCUCAAAACUUUAGUAGAAAUGGUGAAAGGAAUUAUCUGGCUAUACAAAUGAAGGAAAUUAGUCCAUGUAGUAGUGAGGAAUCAACACCCAAAAGAACAAAAUUGGAUCAAACGCGAAUUAUACGACAAUCUAAUCAAGAAAAAAAGCCGGGAAGCAAAACUGCGUGUAGUAAGAAUGUUAUUUGUCCUGGUGAUACGAGUCACGUUACAACAGACAAGUCACGUUACAAUCUCACAGCCGACAGCCGUGUAAUAAUUUACCGUCAAAAGGGCGAAAGAGGUUCUACGCGAACAAUCUUAUUAAAGAACGAAAAUGCUCAAAACUUUAGUAGAAAUGGUGAAAGGAAUUAUCUGGCUAUACAAAUGAAGGAAAUUAGUCCAUGUAGUAGUGAGGAAUCAACACCCAAAAGAACAAAAUUGGAUCAAACGCGAAUUAUACGACAAUCUAAUCAAGAAAAAAGCCGGGAAGCAAAACUGCGUGUAGUAAGAAUUUUUGUCCGGGUGAUUGAGUUUUUUGUCUGCUGGUCUCCUUUAUACACUGUGCAAACCUGGAAAAGUUUUCACCAUGAAAGUAUCAGAGACAAUAUAUCUAGUUUUGUAUGGUCAUUUAUGUUCGUCCUAUCCUAUCUCUCAUCAUGCUGUAACCCUAUAACAUAUUGUUUUAUGAACAGACGCUUUCGCCAGUCAUUUAUUGCUGCUUUUAAGCGUUGCAUAUGCUGUAAACAAAAGUCGAGAGGUUAUUUAUAUAACACAAACUACACAAGCACAAGACGAUUGACGUGGGCGGAUACACAAAAGGCUGAGGACACUGAAUUAAGUUCAAACGACAAAUCUAAGUCGUAGAAACUAAACUAUUUUGUCAUAUUUACGUUUAUCUUAGUGAAAUAAUGACUUAAGUUUAAAAUGAUACUAUAUACUUGUGUAAACAAUCUUGAUAUAAUUGUGAAAAAUCUUGUAUAAAAAUAAUGCAGCA